AUGGGUCUGCUCGCGUCGCAGGUGACGGGGAACCAGCAGGCGGCGCAGGUGGCGCCCGUCCGGUGGUCGUCCGCGCGGCUGAUCGUCGAGGCGAUGGCCACGUUCAAGCAGGACCUGGCCAACAUCAAGGCCGGCGUGUACAAGGCGCCGUACGACAUGUCCAUCUCGCACCGCCAGAGCAACCCGUUCUUCGUCGCCAGGAAGGCGGCCGAGUUCGUGCGCGAGGCGACGGGCACGCUGCAGCGCCGCGCCGCGCAGACGCCGGACGACCUGUGGCUGGACGUCCCGACGCAGCCGCAGUACUACCGCAAGAAGACGUUCCACUUCCAGACCGACGGGUGGAUGUCGAGCCGGUCCGCGGGCGUGUACGAGACCAGCACGGAGACGCUCUUCCUCGGGCGGCAGGACGCGAUGCAGCGCCAGACGCUGGUCCCGCUGCGCGCGUGGAUGGACGAGAACGCCGGGCCCGAGGGGCGCGGCGCGUCGAUGCUCGAGCUCGCCUGCGGCACGGGGCGGUUCGGCACGUUUGUGCGCGACAACUACCCGCUGGCCGACCUGACGCUGCUCGACGCCUCGCCGUUCUACCUCCAGGCCGCGCGCGACAACAUGCGGUACUGGGAGAGCCUGCGCGGGUCGCAGCGCAGCCUCGGCCGCGUGUCGUUCGUCCAGGGGAUGGCGGAGCAGCUCACCGCCGUCGAGGACGCCUCCAUGGACGUGGUGUACAGCGUCUACAUGUUCCACGAGCUGCCGCGCGAGGUGCGCAAGCAGGUCUUCGAGGAGGUCGCGCGCGUCCUCAAGCCCGGGGGCGUGUUCGUGCUGACCGACUCGGUGCAGCUGGGCGACCGCCGCCCCGCCAACGAGCCCGACUUCUACGACGAGGUCAUCGGGAACUUCGGGAACUUCAACGAGCCCUACUACCGGGACUACAUCCGCCACGACUUCGGCGAGCUGGGGCGCGCCGUGGGCCUGACCCCGGAGAUGAAGGUCCAGGCGUCGUCGACAAAGGUCCUCAGCUUCCUCAAGGCCCCCGCGCCCUCGGGGUGA